AUGAGCUCCACUGCUGAUGACUCUGUUCAGAAAGAAACAUUAUUAGUUGCCGGUUUAGAAGUGUACGCCUAUUAUUCCAAAGCUAAGCCAAACCCAUUUGAUCCAAAGUCUAUUGGGGAUGAUGAAUCUUUAAAGGUAAUGUUCUCGUUGCAUGGGAGAAAUGGAAGUGCUCAAGAAUCAGAUGGUUUAUACAGAGAUUUAGUUACAAGAUACUAUAAAGAAUCACCGGGCCAAUCAUUAGUUAUCAUCACUUUUGAUCACAGAAAUCAUGGCAAGAGAACUGUCAAUAAAGAUAGAAACAAAACCUGGAAAGAAGGAAAUGAUAGUCAUGGUGCUGAUAUGCUAUCAAUCAUUGCCGGUGGUGUUGCUGAUGUUAAAACAAUUUACGAUUAUUUACCAGCUUUGGUUCCUGGAUUAUCAAAGUAUAAAAAAGUUACACAUGUCAUGUCAGGUAUUUCAAUGGGUGCUAUGACCACUUUAAGAGUUGCUGCUCAACAUCCUGGUAUAUUUAGUGGGGCUGUUUCACUUAUUGGCUCUUUUGAUUUGACGUCUUCUUUAAUGAAUAGAUUACAUGAUUUUGGUAGAUCUGCUUUAUACAAGGAAUCUUAUGAUUCAUUAUCUAAAAGUUUUGAGCCAAGACUAUAUCCAAGAGAACUGUUUGAUGUCGUCGCUAAAGAUGACACUUAUUGUGCCAAUAAUUAUGACUUGGAUGAUAAAUUGAAGACAUUUUUAAUGUUUGGUGACCAUGAUAAUGUUAUUCCUAGUUCCUGUUCAGAACCAUUUUUAACAAAGCAUGGUAAAAAAUUCAAAAGUCGUAAGGAUUUUGAUUCUAAGGAACAAUUCCAAGCCAUAAAAUAUAAUGCAGGACACGAGGUUACUACUGAAAUGAGAGAAGAUUGGACUACUUGGUUAGUUAAAUUUUGA